AUGAAAUACCUGUUUGCGCAAAAGGUUUGCGCCAAUCAUCAUCAUGAGCACCAAGGUACUGCUGCCAGUGCCGGUGCCAGUGCUAGUGGUGGUGGUAGACAUCAUGAAGGUAGUGGUGGAACUGGUAGUGGUGGUAGUCAUCAUACUAGUGGUAAACAUCAUGUAGGUAGUGGUGGAACUGGUGGUGAUGGUAGUCAUAGUGGUGGUCAUCAGCAUCAUGAAGGUGCUGGUGGUGGCAGACACAAACAUGGUAAAGGUAAUGGUGAUCAACAUAAUCAACAGGGUCACCAAGGUCAACAUGGUAAUGGUGGUAGGGGUAGGCAUGCUGGUGGUGGUGGCCAAAAGGGUGGUCAGCAUCAUGAAACAGGUACGGCAGCCACAGCUGAGGGACGUUAA